AAAUACAUACUAAUACGAAUUGUAUUUUAUAGGUGCAAUUAUCUAAAUUAUGAAAUACAUUUUAUAGGGUGCAAUCGUCUAAACUAUGAAGCACAUUCUAUUAGUAUAUCAUUAAUUCAUCACCCAAUUCAAAAAUUAAGAAGAAGCCAAGUAAAAUUAGGGCAAAUCCACCAAAAAAUUCUUGGAGGGGGGCAAGUCCAAAUUCCAAAUUAAGCGUGGCAUAAAAAUGGCGCCAAAAACUUCCUGCAAAAUUCUGGCGAACACUUAAACGGUGUCUACUUAAAUUCACACCCUCAAAAUUCUUCCACUUUCCCACCUUUCUUCUCUUUCUCUCUCCUCAAAAUGCAACGACAAAGGUCAAUCCUCUCCUUCUUCCAGAAACCCUCGCCGGAAAACCGCAGCUCCACCGCCGGCGACAAGGUCAACGCCGCCGGAAACCGCUACAACCUCCCUUCUCAGUCGAGCUUCAAUGGCGGUCCUAACAAACCUAGCAGUACUUCUUCUAAAUCAUCUAUUUCUCGACUUGAAGAAAUCCGAGGAACUGACACUCCUCCCGAGAAAGUUCCUCGUCAAGUUCAGUUUGAUAAUUUAACUCCUACUGAUAAUAAGAAAUCUUCCGUUUUCUCUAGUAUUUUGCACAAAUUUUCUAAGGUUGAUCCAAUUGACAGAAAUUCUCAGCGGAACCAAGACAAUGGUGGAUCUUCGGUUGUUUGCUCAAUGUUUGAUAUGUUUAAUGAAUGCAACAAAGUGCCCAAGGAAUCUGGCUCUUGUAAGGUUCCUGAAAAUAAUUCUAAUGGGUCGCUUAACAAGGACUAUUCAGUGAAAAGCAACUGUGACUUCAUUAAUCUUGAACCAGAAACCCCAUUGGGCCGGCCCUUUGUUCCACGCCUAAAGCGAAUUCAAGAGGACUGCAGUAAUUUUGGCAAUAAAAGUGAUUUCAACCUGACAAACUCUAGCAAAAGAGUGAAAUUCGCUGAAGAUUCAAAACCAGUAAACAAGAGUCCUCAGGAGGUUAUAGAAGUAGCUAGUAAGUUUGAGUGGCUCCAUCCUUCAAAAAUUAGGGAUGCAAAUGGAAGAAGGCCCAGCGAUCCUAUUUAUGAUAAAAGGACACUAUAUAUACCACCUGACGUCUUAAAGAAAAUGUCAGCAUCACAGAAACAGUACUGGAGUGUGAAAUGUCAAUAUAUGGAUGUGCUGCUCUUCUUUAAAGUGGGAAAAUUCUAUGAACUAUAUGAGCUAGAUGCUGACAUAGGGCACAAGGAACUGGAUUGGAAACUGACCAAUAGUGGUGUGGGGAAAUGUAGACAGGUUGGUAUUUCUGAAAAUGGCAUUGAUGAUGCUGUGCAGAAGUUGGUUGCUCGAGGGUAUAAAGUUGGACGAAUAGAGCAGCUAGAGACAUCUGAUCAAGUUAAAGCAAGGGGUGCAAAUGCUGUUAUCCCUAGAAAGUUAGUCAAUGUGAUCACACCAUCAACAGCAGCUGGUGAAACCAUCGGUCCUGAUGCUGUCCAUCUUCUGGCAAUAAAGGAGGGAUCUUGUGGGGUGGAUGGUGGUACUUCAGUAUAUGGGUUUGCUUUUGUUGAUUGUGCUGCAUUGAAGAUUUGGAUUGGUUCUGUCAGUGAUGAUGCAUCCUGUGCUGCUCUUAUGGCCUUGUUGAUGCAAGUUUCACCAAAGGAAAUUAUUUAUGAAAGUAGAGGAUUAUCAAGAGAAGCUCAGAAAGUGCUCAAAAAGUACUCAUCUACAGGUUCCAUGGGUGUACAAAUCACACCCAUGCUUCCAGUUAAUGGUUUCUUGGAAGCCGCAGAAGUGAAGGCUGUGAUCCAGACAAAGAAAUACUUCAAAAAUUCUGGCAACCUCUGGGAUCAUCUGCUUGAUGGUGUAACAAAUCAUGAAUUUACCUUGCGUGCUUUGGGCGGUCUCAUUGAUCAUUUAUCAAGGUUGAUGUUGGAUGACGUUUUAUGCUAUGGAGAUGUGUUGCCAUACCAAGUAUAUAGAGGUUGCCUCAGAAUGGAUGGGCAGACACUUAUUAAUCUUGAGGUUUUUCAGAACAACGCUGAUGGUGGUUCAGUUGGUACAUUAUUCAAAUAUCUUGACAACUGUAUAACUCCUUCUGGGAAGCGACUUCUGAGGAGCUGGAUUUGUCAUCCAUUAAAAGACAUUGAUGAAAUCAAUAAUCGGCUGAAUGUUGUUGAGGCCUUAAUUAUGCGUUCUGAAAUCAUGUUAAUCAUAGCACAAUAUUUACGCAAGAUUCCAGACCUGGAAAGGUUGCUUGGUAAGGUUAAAGCUAUGGUUCAUUCACAAGCUAUACUGACGUUGCCCUUGGUAGGAAAGAAAACAUUGAAACAGAGGGUCAAAGUAUUUGGAUUGAUUGUUAAAGGUUUGCGGAUUGGGAUGGACUUAAUGAAUGUGCUAUACAAUGAAGAGCAUCUCAUGUCACUGCUAUCGAAAAUACUGGACCUACCCCCGCUUAGUGAGCACAAUGCGCUUAGUGAGUUUCUUAGCCAGUUUGAAGCGGCUAUAGAUAGUGACUUUCCCAAGUAUCAGGAUCAUGAUGUGACAGAAGCUGAUGCGGAGAUACUUUCUAUUUUGAUUGAGCUGUUUGUUGAAAAAGCUAGUCAAUGGUCUCAAGUAAUAUUUGCUCUCUGUUGCAUAGAUGUCUUAAGAUCUUUCGCCACCAUUGCUAUUGAUUCAAGUGGAUCUAUGUGCCGACCUUCUAUAUUACCCCAGUCUACUUCUACUGUUUGCCAAAAUAAUGAAGGACCUACAUUGAAGUUCAAAGGAUUGUGGCAUCCAUUUGCCCUAAGAGAAAGUGGUGGGUUGCCUGUGCCAAAUGACAUAGUUUUGGGUAAGGAUACAAAUGGCCAUCUUCCGCGGACUUUGCUGUUGACUGGACCAAACAUGGGGGGCAAAUCCACACUCUUGCGUGCUGCCUGUCUAGCUGUUAUAUUGGCACAGCUCGGAUGCUAUGUUCCAUGUGAGACUUGUUCUCUAUCAGUUGCUGACAUUAUUUUCACAAGGCUUGGUGCAACUGAUCGGAUUAUGACCGGUGAAAGUACAUUUUACAUUGAGUGUGCGGAAACAGCAUCAGUUCUCCAAAAUGCAACACAAGAUUCUCUUGUCCUUCUUGAUGAGCUAGGUCGAGGAACAAGUACUUUUGAUGGAUACGCCAUAGCAUAUGCUGUGUUUCGCCAUCUAAUUGAGAAGGUGAACUGUCGUUUGCUGUUUGCCACUCAUUACCACCCGCUAACAAAGGAAUUCGCGUCCCAUCCUCAUGUUUCUCUGCAACACAUGUCUUGUGCUAUGAAACCAAGAUCCUCCACUGGAGAGGACUUUGAUUUGGUGUUUGUCUACCGCCUGGCAACUGGAGCUUGUCCUUCAAGCUAUGGCUUACAAGUGGCUCUUAUGGCUGGUAUACCCAAGCAAGUAGUUGAAUCUGCUUCGACUGCUGGUGAGGUGAUGAAAGAAAUGAUAGGGAACAGCUUCAAGUCAAGCGAGCAAAGAUCAGAGUUCUCAACCAUUCAUGAACAAUGGCUAAAAACCAUACUUUCUCUGGCAUGUUGCGAAGACAGUAAUUUUGAUGAUGAUACAUAUGAUACCCUGUUUUGCUUAUGGCAUGAGCUAAAGACCUCAUAUAAGAACUCUACGGCUCCGUUAUAGAACAAUGCAUUGUUUAUUUAUAAGCCAUUAGGGGUUUCAGGAGAUGUUCUCAUUAGGUAUUAUGAGCUGAUUUAGGUCCUGUGCCAGGUGAAAUGUAUGUAAGCUGAAGUGGUAAUUAGUUUGGUGUAAGGUUUAGAAGAGUGUAUGUACUCUGGUGUAAAGGCUAUUAAUGUAUAGUUGCUUGCUACUUGUCCUAUUUCUCUUAUUUUGUGCAUGUAUUUUAGCUUUUUCGCCUGUGGUUUGCGAUUACACCACAAACCACAGACAACAUUUAAUUGUCAAACCCGUAUCAGGUACAUUAUUUGACAUUUACACA